AUGGCCCCCGAGCAGCUUCUGGAUCGGGGGGAAAUCAGGAUUUGACAGUUGUCCGUCGGCAGCGAGAACCCGCGGGUUUCCGGCGCUCCGCAGGUGCGUCUGGAUGAAUGAAGGGAGCCGCGGACUUCCGGGAUGGUGUCGCUGAGCUGAGCUGAGCGCCGAGUCAGAGCGCCGAAGCCGUCAUGUCGUUUUUCAAGAGGAAAGCCAAAAGCAAAGAACCUGAGAGACUGGCAGAUGUAAGAGUCAACAGAGGUCCAACCCCAGCCCCAGCUUCAGCUCCAGCCAGCCCUCACUCCCCGUCCUUGGUCCUGAGGAACCACAAUGCCAUCCAGGAGGCAGCGGGGCCCAGCCAUGUGGCUAUCAACGCCAUCUCCGCCAACAUGGACUCUUUCGCCAGUGGUCGCACCGCCAUCCUCAAAAAACAACCGAGCCACAUGGAGGCAGCCCACUUCGGCGAUCUCGGACGCUCCAGUGUGAACAAUCUCUCACAAGAGACCCGCUCGCGGCUGUCCAAGACGGUGGAUCAGAUUCUGCAGGACAACGUAGCAAUGCCCUACUACAUCCAGUUCAUGGAGGUGCGAGGCACCGACCACCUGGUGCGCUUCUGGCUGGAGGCCGAGAGCUUUCGAUCCACCAGCUGGUCACGGGUCCGAGCACACAGCCUCAACUCGGUCAAACACAGCUCCCUGGCCGAGCCUGUCCCCACCACCCCCGACGGCCAGACGGAGGACCCCCACAAACCUGGGGCUGUUGCCCCUAGAACCACGGACACUGGCAGUGAGCGCCCCAUGGCGCAGCUCACACACCGGGACUCCUUCAGCACAGAGGCCGGGCAGAGGCCUGGCACGCCCCGAGCGGAGACCCCCAGCAGGCAGCCAUCCUCAAGAACAGGGACGCCCUUCAAGCUGCAGUCAAACAGCGCUCUGAGAGACCUCUCUGACAAGCUAAUGAAGAGUAUAGAGCGAGACGCAGUGAGCAUCUUCACCAAAUACAUCUCUCCAGAUGCUGCCAGGCCCAUCCCCAUCACAGAGCAGAUCAGAAACGACAUCGUUGCGAAGAUAUGCGGAGAGGACGGGCUUGUGGACCCAAACUGCUUCAUCAUUGCACAGUCUGUAGUCUUCACCAUCCUGGAGCAAGAGCACUUUAGUGAAUUCCUGAGGAGCCAUCAUUUUUGUAAAUACCAGAUUGAAGUGUUGACCAGCGGCUCUGUCUUCCUGGCGGAUAUCUUGUUCAGUGAGUCGGCGCUCUUCUACUUCUCUGAGUACAUGGAGAAGGAGGAGGCAGUGAAUGUGCUCCAGUUCUGGCUGGCCGCAGACAACUUCCAGGACCAGCUGGCAGCAAAGAAGGGCCAGUACGAUGGCCAGGAGGCCCAAAACGAUGCCAUGAUCCUCUAUGACAAGUAUUUCUCACUCCAGGCCACCAACCCUCUGGGCUUUGGUGACUCUGUGCGGAUGGAAAUAGAGUCCAACAUCUGCCGAGAGGGAGGGCCUCUUCCUGAAUGUUUCACCACUCCCCUCAGACAGGCCUGGACCACAAUGGAGAAGGUCUACAUGCCCGGCUUCCUGUCCAGUAACCUUUACUACAAAUACUUGAAUGACCUCAUCAACUCGGUGCGAGCGGACGAGUUUGUGAACACCAGCACUCCGGGUCAGGCCGGGCCCACUGACGACCGGUCAAGUUCAAAUUCAAGCGAGGGCUCUCAUGCUCAGUCGUUACAGCAAGGAUCCAAAAAAGCAGCGGUGAAGAUCCUGAAAAACUUUGAUGAAGCGAUAACGGUGGACAUUUCCAGCCUCGACCCAGAGUCCUUGUAUCAGCGUCCAUACGCCGGGAAGAUGACGUUCGGGAAGGUGAAUGAGUUGGGUCAGUUUAUUAGGGAGGCUGAACCGGAGCCUGAUGUGAAGAAAUCUAAAGGCUCCAUGUUCUCACUUGCCAUGAAGAAGUGGGUCCAAGGCAACUCCGACGAAGCUCAGGAGGAGAUGGCGUGGAAGAUUGCUAAGAUGAUCGUCAACGACGUUGUCCACCAGGCAAACCAUGACAGUCCCGGCAAGGCCACCAAGUUAUGACCCUGCAGAGGAACCAAAGACUGUCAUCCCUUGCUAGAGGCAGAUUGCACGCUGGCCAAGCCAGUGAUGGACUACGGACAGGGCUCACCCUGCCACAAACUGCAUUACUCUCAAGAAAGAACAAGGCAUUUUGUCACCUCCUGAAUCCCCCUGUGUGCAGGCGCACACAUUUACCUGCGUAUGCUUGCACUGUAUGGAUGAGAGUGUGUGUGUGUGUGUGUGUGUGUGUGUGUGUGUGUGUGUGUGUGUGUGUGUGUAUGAGCGGCUGAGCAAUCCUGCACCAAUGGACAAACGGAAAUAUAAAAGUACACUGCGGUAGUAUCAAGCUAUGAAGGUCUACGCGUGGAUACCAGCGGUAAAGCAGAACAAAGCGAAGCGCAUGCGGAGGGAGGCGUCGGACACCCGGAGAAACUCUGCGGGAGGAGAAAGACUGAACACGCCGACAGGAAGGAGCGGUACGUCGUCCGGUGCCGGUAGUGCGUUCCCACGGUAACUACGCUCUCCUCAGAAGGAUUUCAUGUCGGACCUGUAGAAGACUCAUGGCUGAGCUACCCUGUAAGUCCCUCCUCACACAUUAUCCCGACAGCCCUACAUUUGACUUGCAUUCCAUAUUUACUUUUCUUUUUUUUUUGGGUGAACUUUCUCGUGAAGGCUCAGCCAGGUUAGAUGUAAGCAGAUUGAAAAAAAAAAAAAAGAAAUCACCAGUUUACGGCGUUGUAUAGUUUUUCCUGCGGAUGCACUCGCUUCCCUCGGCCCGCCUGGAGUGUUUUUGUCAGCCGCUCGUGGGGGGAGUCGUCCGGCCUCGGUCGUCUGACGUACCGGAGGAAGUGGAGGCUGGAGACGUUUUACUGGAAUGGACCUCGACUCGUUAACUCCCAGUGUGGCCGACCGCCACCUGUAGCACCUUUGGCACCUUGUCUGCGCUUUAUGGAGCACAGGAGCCAAAUCACUCCCCCUGAUGCCACAGAUGCAAUGGAAACUCCAGACUCCCAUGCCUAUACAUAUAUAUAUAUAUAUAUAUAUAUAUACACACACACACACACACAUAUAUAUAUAUAUAUACAUGUAUGUACAUUAUGUAGAUUUCUGGUUACCCCUGUAUUAGCGUCAGCUCCUUUUUUAUGGUGAUCGCUGUCUUUUUUUUUCUUUUCUUUCUUUUUUUAAAUGUAACAUUGAAGCAAAUUUCAAUGACGACUGUUCUACUGGAAAGUGUACUCAGUGACGAUAAUACACCUUUGUUUUUUGUUUGUUUGUUUGUUUGUUUUGAGCCUUACUUGAGAUGUGGAAAAAGAACCAGAAAAGACUUUUGGUACCAUGUACCACUAAUGUUUUCUGACAUGUAUGUAUGUAUGUGUACUUGAUCUAUAAUAUAUUUAAAUUGUGUUUG